GAAGGGGAGCUCGUCCAUCCAUUGAAGCACAGUUCACUAUGAUCUUACUCACAUUCAGCACUGGAAGACGGUCGGAUUUCGUGCAUCUUUCGGGGGUGUUUUUCUUGCAAACCUUGAUUUGGAUUUUAUGUGCUACAGUCUGCGGAACGGAGCAGUAUUUCAAUGUGGAGGUUUGGUUACAAAAGUACGGCUACCUCCCACCAACUGACCCCAGAAUGUCGGUGCUGCGCUCUGCAGAGACCAUGCAGUCUGCCCUAGCUGCCAUGCAGCAGUUCUAUGGCAUUAACAUGACAGGAAAAGUGGACAGAAACACAAUUGACUGGAUGAAGAAGCCUCGAUGUGGUGUACCUGACCAGACAAGAGGUAGCUCCAAAUUUAAUAUUCGUCGAAAGCGAUAUGCUUUAACAGGACAGAAGUGGCAGCACAAACACAUCACUUACAGCAUAAAGAACGUAACUCCUAAAGUAGGAGACCCUGAGACCCGUAAGGCUAUUCGCCGUGCCUUUGAUGUGUGGCAGAAUGUAACUCCUCUGACAUUUGAAGAAGUUCCCUACAGUGAAUUAGAAAAUGGCAAACGUGAUGUGGACAUAACCAUUAUUUUUGCAUCUGGUUUUCAUGGAGACAGUUCUCCCUUUGAUGGGGAGGGAGGAUUUUUGGCACAUGCCUACUUCCCUGGACCAGGAAUUGGAGGAGAUACUCAUUUUGAUUCAGAUGAGCCAUGGACACUAGGAAAUCCUAAUCAUGAUGGAAAUGACUUAUUUCUCGUGGCAGUUCACGAACUGGGACACGCUCUGGGACUGGAGCAUUCAAACGACCCCACAGCUAUCAUGGCUCCAUUCUACCAGUACAUGGAAACGGACAACUUCAAACUUCCUAAUGAUGACUUGCAGGGCAUCCAGAAGAUAUACGGUCCACCUGACAAGAUCCCUCCACCUACAAGACCUCUGCCGACAGUGCCCCCACACCGCUCUAUUCCUCCGGCUGACCCAAGGAAAAAUGACAGGCCAAAGCCUCCUCGGCCCCCCACCGGCAGACCUUCCUAUCCUGGAGCCAAACCAAACAUCUGCGAUGGGAACUUUAACACUCUAGCUAUUCUUCGCCAUGAGAUGUUUGUUUUCAAGGACCAGUGGUUUUGGCGAGUGAGAAACAACAGAGUGAUGGAUGGAUACCCCAUGCAAAUUACCUACUUCUGGCGGGGCCUGCCUCCUAGCAUUGAUGCAGUUUAUGAAAACAGUGACGGGAAUUUUGUCUUCUUUAAAGGUAACAAAUAUUGGGUGUUCAAGGACACAACUCUUCAACCUGGUUACCCUCAUGACUUGAUUACUCUCGGAAGUGGAAUUCCCCCCCAUGGUAUUGACUCAGCCAUUUGGUGGGAGGACGUUGGGAAAACCUAUUUCUUCAAAGGGGACAGGUAUUGGAGAUAUAGUGAAGAAAUGAAAACCAUGGACCCUGGCUAUCCCAAGCCAAUCACAGUCUGGAAAGGGAUCCCUGAAUCUCCUCAGGGAGCCUUUGUGCACAAAGAAAAUGGCUUUACAUAUUUCUACAAAGGAAAGGAGUAUUGGAAAUUCAACAACCAGAUACUCAAGGUAGAACCUGGAUAUCCGAGAUCCAUCCUCAAGGAUUUUAUGGGCUGUGAUGGACCAACAGACAGAGAUAAAGAAGGACACAGCCCACCAGAUGAUGUAGACAUUGUCAUCAAACUGGACAACACAGCCAGCACUGUGAAAGCCAUAGCUAUUGUCAUUCCCUGCAUCUUGGCCUUAUGCCUCCUUGUAUUGGUUUACACUGUGUUCCAGUUCAAGAGGAAAGGAACACCCCGCCACAUACUGUACUGUAAACGCUCUAUGCAAGAGUGGGUGUGAUGUAGGGUUCUUUUUUUCUUUCUUUCUUUUCCAGGAGUUUGUGGUAACUUGAGAUUCAAGACAAGAGCUGUUAUGCUGUUUCCUAGCUAGGAGCAGGCUUGUGGCAGCCUGAUUCGGGGCUGACCUUCCAAACCCAGAGGGUUGCUGGUCCUGCACAUGAGUGGAAAUACACUCGUGGGGAAGCUUCCAUGAUGCACAGUAUCUGCCGUUCUUCAGUCCUUUGUCUUUCUUUGUCAUUCAGUUAUAGGCCUUUCCUCUGCACGCUCAAUGCCCAGUAAAAUUUCAGGAUUAACUAAAGAAGAGGAAAAAAGAAGAAAAGAUUCUUCUUAAAGGUUUUAAAUAUUAUUUUACUUCUGAAGUCUGAGCCCAUUUUGGGGAGAGAAAAAAAAAAAAAAAGCAAAAGAGAAAACCCACAAUUUUUGCUUUAAAGCAAAGGAAACAAAUGUUUAAACAAAAAGUCCGCAAUUGAACUUUCAGGAAAGUGUGAAGACCCAAAACAGCUUUGUCUCCAAAGAAGAUAGCUCUGUGACUGCUAUGGAUAGUCUCCUGCGCAUCUUUUUGUCAGGUGGGAGAUCUGGAUACACAGGCAGGACUUUAGACUGUCGGGACAGCCAUUUUCCAACAAACAAGGGGCCAAAAUAUCUGCAAUAUAGUAACAGCCUUAAUAAUACAUCCAUUUUUCGUUUUAUACAGCUGUUCUCAGCUAUGUCCUCAAUGUUUCAUCACAUUUAUAUUCAUAACUACAUUCAAAACAGGACCUUUGAAUUGUUUUGAAGUGUUUCUAAACCCAUUCUUGCCACCUGACCCCUAUAUCAUUGUGAUGAUAUCCCCAGGUUGUAUUAGGCCAUUGUCCCAGGCCUUCCAUGGGUCUGUCAGGAAUAUUCAUUACAAAGCAGAGCAAGAAGCAGUAGGUUUCUGAAGUAGAUUAUAGUGACAGUUAUUUUGCAAGGAUUUGUGAUUCUAGUAAUAUAUUGGUGUAACCCUUUGAGAACUAUCAGACCAGCUUUCAGAGUCUUAGGCUUGUCAGUUGUUGCUAUGUGGUAAAUUGUCAAACUAGCCAAUGAUAAAAAUAGUGACAAGUUCAAGAAGUUCCAGUUUUUAAAACAUAUCCCAUAACCCCCAUGUAAUUCUAAAAUGAUUUACAGUACUACAUGAAUACACUUAUAACAAAUAGCAGUGAUGUUACCUGCCAAAAUUUUUCUGGCAAAUAAAAAGGAUAUUUUGUUAACAGCAUCUCGUAAGAGUGAAAUUUUAUUUGAACAACUGUUUAUAGCAACCUAAGUCUUUUUUUUUUUUUUCUUAGAGACAUAUUGAAUUCUUGUUUUAAAAUCCAUUGCAUGAGAAUUCAAUUUGCCUUGGUAUACAUAGUUAGCAUUGCCAUUAUAAAAAUGAAUUAAAAUGAUGACUCUGAGGUUGCAUGAGUAUCCUCCAUUGCAUUAACUAUUGCAUGUCAACCAUAGUUCUCAAAGGGUUAGUAUGGCUUCUGGCAUUUUGCCAUCCAUUUGAUCACUGACAGAGCCAAGAGACCACCAAAGCAUUUCAUUGUUGAGUGUAAUUUGUCCUAAGAGCAGUAUUGUCAUUUUCAUGUGACCUGCAGAGCAGGUUUGUAUCAAUAUUUUUUUCCUAGAGAAAAGUCAGCAACUGACAGACCUCUUUAUUGAUUUUUAGGAGCUGCUUCUUGCAGUGAAAGGCUUUACAGCCACUGGGCUGUGAACUUAUUAGAGAUGGUCAGGAGGAAUGCACCCCAUGAGUCAGACAUUGGCUUUGUGUGAAAGCCAGCUUUUGAGGGGAUUAGCUUUUGAAACAAUGAACAGCUUGCCUUGAACUUGAUUAUUGAUCUGUUGACUGUCAUUAACAACAACUUAAGCAUUGUCUUCUGUGAAAAUUUUCCUUGAAGAGUCCUGUUCUAUGUCUUUGCCCUUUGACCUUUAACUUGCAAACUGGCACAAACUGAAGGGAAUCUGGUGUUGCUUCUCCAUGGGAUUGUUAAUUGUUCUCUAAAACCUCUUAAACAAAGAGCUGUUUCCUUAGAGUGCAGAGUGUCGAUGGUGGAUCUGUAGAUGGACACUUUGUCUUUACAUGCACACUCUAAAAAUGCCCUAUAGGUAGAAGUGGUUUUUAAUUUCCUUUUAAUAUAAUUUGAAGCCUAAUUUCAUCAUUUUAGUAUGAAUUACAAAAAAUAUAGGAAAAAAAAAAAAACCUCAAAUACUUGAAUGGCCAGUGUGGCUUUUAUAUAAAGCAGGAAUUUUAUACUAGUAAAAAUUUCUUACUCAUUUGCUAAUAAUACACAUUUCCAGAUGAUUUUUAAUGAGUGUAGGUAUACAUUCUUAUUUGGAAAUGGAUAGUUUGGCUGCCUUGAAUUUAUAUUUAUACUCAACAUAGCAUGAAAAUUAGAAUGCCUUUUGGUUAAACUACGUGUUUAUGAUUUGGUUGGGGAAAAUAUUUUCUAAUCAUGGGUGGCAUGCUGAAAAGCCUUGCAGAUUGGUAUUUCUUAUAAUCUGAAAAUAUAUACUGUAAGGCUAAGAGAAAAAGAACAGUUAGAAAAGAGGAAUGGCUUUACAGCAAAACAUUAUGCAAUGCAGACUAUAUUUUGACAAGAUAUCAAAGAUGAUGGAUUUGAGGUCCCAGAAAGCAAGGAAAGAGGACCAGAAUCAGCCCUGUAGCUUUACUUCAGUGCUUCCAUUCUAGAUGAUGCUGAUAUUAUAAAAAGAGUUAGUCACUGCUAAGCAUGGAAGACUUUAUACAUAAGCUUGUUUGUACAGUAUUUGCUUGUGGGAGGGUUUAAUUCUUUCAGGACCUUGUUGUCAAGAAAAAAUGACUGGAAACUAUAUUUUGCUAAAGAUAGAAAAUGAGGAACUUUGUCAUUUUGGGACAUGUGCAAAUCAUUCAGGAACUCCAUCAACCUGCAUUGAAAAAAAAUUUUUUUUCUCUAAAAUGAGAAAGAAACUGAAUAAGCAAUCUAUUGCCUCUUUACUCAUUCAUCACAAUAUCCUGAUUCAUCCUGAGACUGUAAGUAUAUAAGGGCUAGAAAAUAAUCAUAGCAUUAAGAAAAGUCUAUCAUGCUUGAAUUCUGGCAAAUGUCAAGGAUAAGACUUGAGACAUAUUUAAUUGAAUAUGAGGAGGGGUUUAUGUAAUAAAAGAAGGUAUGUGUGGCUGCUCUCUUGAGUAAGACAUUGAUCAGACUGUAAGAACACAAGAGAUAAGAAAAUAAUAAGUACAGUAUAAUCACAAACACUGGGAUUCCAUCUUUUUUUUUUUUAAUUGUAUACCAGGCACUUUGUAAGGUCUCUGACUCUUCUUCAGUUAGACUUGGAAAAAUACUAAUUAUAAUAAAAUAAUAAAGUAGUGAGAGUUACUAAAUGAUCUACUAUCAGAAUAGUAAUUCAAAAACCAUGUGGGAUAAAUUUCCAUGGGUCAACAACAUAAUGUAUCUAUCAGUCCAGUUCAGAAGAGACAUUCAACCUAAGUAAUAGUUUUCAUCUCAUCCCUAAUAACAUGAAAAGCUCAGUCCUACAGUUUCCUAAGUCAAAUGAAAACCCAUUUAUGCUCACAAGUAUUUUUCUGUUUUGUUAUUUCUCAUUACUUUUACCCAUUCUAAACAGAUGUAAACAAGAUAAUGUUCUUUAUAUAAAAUGACUAUAUCAUUUUAGUCAAAUGUUAUUGUUCUGUAUAUUUUUAACUGGACAGAAUGAAGUAUUAAAAGAGCUGAGCGGCUUAUAUUCUGUGAACCAGAAAUUCUACAUCACACUUGUUGAAAAGUUUGUAAAUUUAACUCUUGACCCAUUUUAGAACAAAGUAUCUGCUGACAUGGCAAUCUUAGCCAUUGAAUACUGAUGCUCUUUACAGUUGCAGGUGUUAUGUAGCUUGCUUAGAGAACAUUAUGUAUUACUAGCAAAGACAACUUCUGUUAUCAAUCAGAAAGCAAAGCUUUUCUGAGUCAAAUAUAAUAAAUUACUAAGUAAUGAUUACCACAAAAUAAUUACUAAGUAAUAAAGGAUACAGACUAGUUUACUGAAAUAAGCAAAUGUUCCUCUUAUUACUCAAGUUUCCUGUAAUCUUUUUAAAUUUACACAUAAUUUAGCUUUUCAUAUGCUACAUACUUAUUUUCACUCCCUUUCUGUGUGUGAUUAAAAACACAAUGUGUUUGCUGGAUGUGGUGGCACAUGCCUGUAAUCUCAGCAAUUUGGGAGGCUGAAGCAGGAGGAUUGCAGGUUUGAGGACAGUCUCAACAAUUUUUAGUCCCUAAGCAACUUAGUGAGACACUGUCUCCAAAUUAAAAGGGCUUGGGACAUAUGUAGCUCAGUGAUAAAGCACUGUUGUAUUUAAUCCCCAGUAUAAAAACAAAACAAAAAACCUAGACACACACAAUGUGGUGGAUAAGAACAUUGCCCAAACUUUGCUGGUAGUUCCAAUACAUGGAUAAUGGCAUGUAUACUGGAUCCUAAGAAUGGGUGAUGUAAUACUUGCAAGUUCUCCAUAUUGUGUUGCUAUCUCUAGUAUGAUAUAAAUACCCAUACUUUGUGGAUCUUACAGUAGAAUAACCAGUGUAUCCAUACUGACUAAAGUCAAUGUGCUGUCUAAAGAGGAAUGAAUGUUUUAAUCAAAUAGACUUGUUAAACAAGAGUCAUGAAAAGAAUCUUUGUUUAAAAAGUUUUCAGAGUUAUUUCCAGAAGCUAAUAAAGGCAGUGAUUCACUGAGUCUUGAGUCUUUGAGAUUGUAGUAUGUCCUGGAACACAGCAAAAGUUUAGUUUUUGAUGCUUUUAAGAACAAUCUUAAAGUAUCACAGAUGUCAAAUAAAAUAUGCCACCUGAACCAAAAAUGUAAAAUCAGAUGACUUAUUACAAAUGCUGUAAAUACAAUGUCAGCCAAUGUAUGAUAUCACAGAAGGUGUCAAGUCAGCCAUAUUGGAGAGUCUAGCCUUUCCAUUGGCUUUCAUGCACCUUCAUGAACUGAUUUGUUGUGACCACGGGAAACACAUGCUAGAACAUAUGUAUCUAAAUUACAGUUUCCAUGUUGCCUGGAAAGGAAACAUAGCUGCAUCAGAAAAAUUUAACAAUUACAUUUUAAAAAUUAGAACUUUAUAUAAAAAAGAACUAGCAAUCAGAGAUAGUACUGCACCAUAAGUGUGAAAGCUAAAAUUACAUUUAAUUAAAUACAAUGGACAUGGAAGAAGAAAAGAGUCUUUUGUAAAAUAUAAAGACAUACUAUAGCACUUGAUAAAACAACCAGAAAUUUCACUUUAGCAAGUAUAAAAAUAGUAGAGAAAAUUGCAACUUCAAAGCUCUUUCCAGUAGUGAAGAGUAUGUGAUACGUCAAUGUAUAUAUUUAGCCAGUGGUCAUUAGAUGUUACCUGCAUAAACACAUCUGAUACUCAUUCAUUGCUUUCUAGCCCAAAAAAUUCAGAAAUAGGUGUUCAGUAACCUCCUUUGGAAAGAUAUAUAAUGUUAGAAUCCCCUGAGAAAAGCCAUUUCCCUAGGAUAGAAAUUUACCUCAAUAAUCAUAGAACACAGAACACUUGGCAUAGUAGCAAAAGAGUUGCCUUAGUGUUGCAGUCUCAUCUAAUUGCAAUCUUCGUCUUCAAUGUACUGCUCAAAUCAUUUUUUUUAUUUUUCCCCCCAUUGGUAUAAUUUUGAAGUGAUUCUGAAAUAUUUCAGGUCAGAUUAAUAACAUCCAAUUACGAAUAUCUUUUUCAAUAUACAUCUACUUUGAAAUUUAAACCAAUAGUAUAGAAAGCCUAAGAAUGAACACUAAUUUGACACACUUACAGAAAUGGAGGGGAAAACACAUGAUAUCUUGCUUCAGAGCAAGGUAUCAUCAACCCUUAUUCACUUCCAAAAACUGAAGGAGAGAAUCGUGAUCAAGAGUAAAAUCAUAAAAGUUGUUGAUCUAAAGAGAUAUCUCUUGACUAUUGUAUUCACUUGUCUUCGUAAAAUCCCUGACAAAUUUCUGGUAGAACAUAGAAGUAACAGCCUUCAAUUUUUUAACAUAAUUGUGAGCUUUUAAUGGGACAUGACAUGCAUCAUUUUUUAGAACAACGUUAAUUCUUUAUACUAAGUAAGAAUAAUACUUUUUAAGGAAAAUGAGGACAAAACCUGUAACUGACCAGUGCUUAAUAAGUAUAGAAAUUAUAUGUAAAAGAAAUUUAUAAUAGAGGUUUUUGAGGAUUCUAUGCCUUUUCAAUUUAAAGAGCAGUGUGUCUUAGAAUUUUUCUUAUACUAACAGGGCUAAGGUUAAUAUUCAAAUUUGUACUCAACGUGUCCUUACAUUAAAGGGCACAUUGGACAGUGUAGGAAGACAUAAACUAGAAUGUUGUGCUGAUUCACAUAACUUUGCCAUGUGCUCUGCUAUAGAGCUGGAUUUAUAUGCCCUUAAGAAGGGAGAAAAAAAUCAGUUAAAUAUAAAUAUGAAAAUAUGAUAAUUCUAUCAUGUUAGGCCCCUUAGCUUCAGAGCAAGAUACCAUUAACCUUUACUUCACUUCCAAAAAUUGAAGGAGAGAAUCGUGAUCAAGAAGAAAAUGAUAAACUUUUUGACUUAGAUGUUUCUUGACUAUUUUAUUCACUUGUUUUUAUUCAUGAAAAUUCACCCAUUGUCACAACAACAUUUCUGUAGCAUUUGAUCUGUAGCUAGAUCAGAUCCCUGGCACAAUAUUUUUUCGCAAGCCUUUUCAUACAUGCCUCAUAUAUGAUGACGCUUUGGUGAGAUGUGACUGCAUGCUAGGAUGCUUUUUCCUAGGAUAGGAUAUGGUGCUGCUUGUACUUGCCACAUUUUAUAUGAAUGUAUGUUGCUACAUAGGCCUGUCUUGCCAAGAUGUGAAUGGAGGUAGACUGUGUGAGCUGUCUAUUAAAGUCUCUAGGAUGCAUGUUGUGUUUGCCAUCAUGUGAUGCCAGUUCUACAUUGUUCCCUCUCUAGAUAUCGACAACUCGGUUUUUAAAGAUGAAACAUAUUUUGCUUGAAUUAAUGAUUUCAGUAGUAAUACAAGGGUUAUUCUUAUCUCAAUGUCUUUUUUUUUUCUUUUUUCUAUCACUGAACUAACUUUGCAAGGCCACAUUAUUGCCUGUCUUCUCCCCAUUCUUUAGUAUAUGCCACCGCCUAGGCAAAAUUAUGUUUUGUAUUCUUUUGAUUAUUUACUCCUUUGCAUCUGAUAUGGACUCCAUUAUUCCUGUGUUCAUAAAUACAAAAGUUCACAAUCUUUGUUACUUCUAAAAACAAGGGUGAGUGUAUGCCUAUUUUUUUUCCUCCUUCAAUUCUGAGAUUACUAUUUGUUUGCUUUCUGUUUUUCAUCACCAAAAUAAGCUAUUUGGGAAGGAUACUUUAUAUUGUGUUGUCUUAUCAGUCUCUGCCUAUAUUUGCAUUCCUUUUAAUCUCCACCCUGUCCUCCAUCUUUUUUUUUUUUCUGUUGUUACAGAUUUUAAUUUUUUCCUUCCUCCUUGAAAACCAGAAUUGAAUAGCAUUCUACAUCAAAGGAGGUGCCCAGGAAAUAUGUCUUUUUUUCUUCAGUAUUCUUCUUCACACAUUUCAUGCAAAGAUUUAGUCCCUGUCAUUUCACAUACCCCCAAUCUCUGUCAUUGGCUUCUAACUUUUGUAGAGUUAUUCCCCUGAGAAAAGUGAAAUGCUGACUUAAUGGCUGUUGUCUGUUGAUAAGACAGCUAAGGAAAUUUGUUUCUGCAGAAUGUAUCAUAAAUAAUUAUACAGUAAAGUGAAUACCAUAAUAUAGUGUUCUGUUUAAGGUACAUCAUGGGGACAUGAAUGCCUGAAGCCUUGAUUCUUUGGUCUAUUUCCUUUUAUAUACAUACAUAUAUUAGAAAUAGAUAGAAUAAAAGAAUUAGGGGUAUUAUAGCAGCAGCUCUUUGCUGCAUUGGUUUUGACUGCAUCAGCAUUUCUAUUGUGAACCUCUAUUUUCAGGGGUUUUAGAGACUUGGCCAUAAAAUUUUGCUUCAAGCUUAAAAGUCUUGAAAGAUUUUUUUUUUUUUUAGGUAUCUAAUUUUAACAAAUAUAUCUUGUUUUUUAUAUUAUAAGAGGGAAAAAAAGGAGUUUACUAGUUCAAUUUUGCGCUGAGAUAACUUUUAAUAAACUUAAUUUUCUAACAAAAAUAAAAUCUAAUUAGUUCCUAGUUUGUUGAUGGUUUUUUAAGAGAGUCAAAUAUUAUGGUCAUUGAGCAAUUUGCCUGCUUCAUCAGUGUAGAAACAUAUCUUCAAAAUGUUUUAAAUCUUAUGUACCUGUAUUAACAUUAUCUUGAUUCCAGUAGUGAAUCAGUAUGAUAAUGAAUGCAGGUAUAUAACAUCCAUAUAAGCUAUCUGGUAGUACAGAUUUGAAAAUAUAUAGUGUAUAUGAGAUACAUAUAUAUGUAUAUAUAUGUACACACAUAUAUAUACAUAUAUAUGUAUAUAUAUUUACUAGAUAGAUUAAGGGGGGAAAGCUCCCAUGAACCUAGUUUGUCAAAUAAAUAUCAUAUAUUUUUUAAAAAUUGCAUAGUCAUUUAUCUUUCAGAGUCCAAAUGAGAUGCAAGCAAUUGCAAAGGUAAAAGAAAAGUUGUCUCUUGAGGGAACAAUACACAUUUUAUAUGGAAAUAAUUUUCCUUUCUAUGUUGUGUUUAUGGGAAAUUAAAAGAAUAAAAAUUAACAGACUUUAUUUAAAUAUAACAUUAAACUGUGAAGCAGGGAGAAACACCAGGAAAUUGGAAAUUUAGGCCAUUAUCUUGUGGUUGUCUGAAAAUGCUUUGCCUUUAACAUAAUUCCCCCUCAUGUUUUCAGUUAUGGAAAGAGUAUUGAACUCUUGCCUUUAAGUUUCUGGAUUACUCACAUUACACUAUACCAUAUUUUGUUAAGUUUUUGAUAAUAUGUAAUCUUAUGUGUACAAGGAAUGAAAUAAAUAACACAUUAAUUUGCCAAGUGAGUUUUAAGGUUUGCAGGUUGUGUUUUUUGCCCACACAGGAUUCUAUACAUUAAUACCAUCUUAAAUCUGGCAUAUAUAUUUUUUUUUCUGGAUAGCUUCUACCGACAAACACAAAGCUUGUUUGUGUGCAAAUAUAAGGCUAAUAAAUGGUGCUAAAGUGUAUUAUGACUGUCAGAUAUAAUCAGGCAAAAUUUUGUGGUGCUUAAAUUAAUUUUUUCAUUGAUUUAUUGAUCAGUGCAUUGAACAGUGUUUAUUCACCAGUUGUCUUUUAUUAGUAAAUCAAGGCCUCAUAGCACAUUGUUAAAUAAAAUGGUUGACUAGUCUAUGUAACAGCUCACCAAGCUAUUAUCUCCUUAAUUCCUUAUACUGUUGCGUCAUUAAAGGUCAAGGGGUCAUGCUAUUAAUCUCAUUGCUAUAGACCAUUAACAUGACUGAACAUUUUCACAAAGUACUUAUGUUUACAAUGCUAUAACCCUUUGACUGCUGCGGCAACCUUUAACCACACAAAUUUCACAAGCUAGAAUCAUCAGCAUGGUUCUUGCCAUGGCAAUCAAAGAGUUAAGGGCUGUGCAGUGAUUUGUUUUGUAUUUAUUAAUUUAUAUUUAUUUCAUUUCCAUUCAAAGUGGGGACUAGGGGUGGGGCAGUUUUUGUCUGCUGUAAGUGUCUUAACCUAGGGAAGGGUUAAAUGGCUUUUUAUACUAUUGCAUCUUCUGUAUUUACCAUCAAUU